AAAAAUCUCAAUCUGCUCUUCCCAAUUUUAUCCAAGGAGAACAAGUCCUCCUCGAAUCUCUUCCUUCCACUAUUGCUUCGGCCUUCGGGUCCUGAAAACUAAAGAAAAAGCAAACCAACUGGAGAGGACCCGGGAGAGAGAGAGAGAGAGAGUGUCCGAAGUCAUGGAUUCGUUGGUUGUGGUGGGAUUUCCAGCGUCCUUUUUUCGGUUUUGCUAUUCCAUUCCCUUUCAAUCUCUUUCUUCCUUUUAUGGGUUCAGAUAAGUGGGAUUUUCGGUGGUAAUGUUUUGGGCUGAAUGGUUUCUUCAUUGGCAACGACGAUAGCCAUGGAUUCUUCUUUCGAGAGCGCUACACUUGAUUCAUCAAAAUGCAGUAAGUUGAGUAUGGAGGAAAAGAGGGAACUAGUGUAUGAAAUAUCAUGCUCACAUGGUGCCUCUGAAAUGCUGCAGUCAUGGAGCCGUCAGGAGAUUUUGCAAAUCCUGUGUGCAGAGAUGGGAAAAGAAAGAAAAUAUACUGGCUUGACAAAGUUAAAAAUCAUAGAGAACCUUCUUAAAAUUGUAUCUGAAAAGAAAUCAGGGGGACAUGAGACUGUAAUUGACCUCGAACAACCUUCUUCACCUGCACUUGGCCAAAAAGCUAUCAAAAGGCAGAGAAAAACUGAUCACCCUUCUCGACUAUCUGCUCCAGCACACAAUCUUCCUAACAAUGAUGGGGGAACUGCUUUAGGUAAUACUAUCUAUUGCAAAAACUCAGCUUGCAGAGCUACCUUAAUUCGAGUAGAUGAGUUUUGCAAAAGAUGUUCAUGUUGCAUCUGUUAUCGGUAUGAUGACAACAAGGAUCCUAGCCUCUGGUUGAUUUGCAGCUCAGACCCUCCAUUUCAUGGUAGUUCAUGUGGCAUGUCAUGCCAUCUGGAGUGUGCUCUAAAACAUGAAAGAUCUGGCAUUUCCAAAGAUGGACGAUGUGCUGGACUUGAUGGGAGCUUUAAUUGUGUAUCUUGUGGGAAAGUGAAUGAUUUGCUUGGAUGCUGGAGAAAACAACUGAUGACAGCAAAGGAGACCAGACGUGUUGACAUACUGUGCUAUCGUGUGUCCUUAAGCCAAAAGCUUUUGAAGGGGACUGAAAAGUAUCAAAAGGUUUCUGAGAUUGUGGAUGAAGCUGUUAGGAAGCUAGAAGCUGAUGUGGGUCCUUUAACUGGUUUACCUGUAAGGAUGGGAAGGGGUAUAGUCAAUAGGCUUUCUUCUGGACCGGAGGUUCAGAAACUCUGUGGCUUGGCUGUGGAGUCACUAGACUCCUUGCGUUCUGAUACAUUUUUGCAUCCAUCGCCUGAUCCUGUGAUCCAAGAAUCAAAUUCAGUUGCUCCCAAUAUUGUCAGAUUUGGAGAUAUCCAUGCAACAUCCCUCACUGUGAUUUUGGGUUCAGAUGAUUCUUCACCCGAAGAUCUUGUUGGUUAUACCUUAUGGCAUCGAAAGGCUCAUGAUGUGGAUUAUCCGGCAGAACCUACUUGUAAACUCGUUGCUCCCAAUACAAAGUUUGUUGUCACAGGACUAACUCCAGCAACAGAGUAUAGCAUUAAAGUCGUAUCACUUAAUGGUACAAGAAAUUUGGGUAUGUAUGAAGUUUGUCUCUCAACAGGUAGGUCUGAUGAUGAAGUUCUAAACAGCUGUGUAAGAAGAAGUCAAAGCCCAGCUACGAACUGUAGUAGCCUUUCUAAUCCUUCCUCGGUAGAAGAUGAAACCAAUAACAUUACUCCAUAUAGUGACCAGGCUGAUAAACGAGCAGAUAAUUAUCUCACUUAUUGCAAGGAUGCCAAUAAAUUUAUUUCUGUUAAAGGAUGUGAUGAUGCUUUGUGCAGUGAUAUGGUUGAAAGAAACCCAGCAGAUUUGGUUUCAGUGUUGGAUGAGGAACAUGCUUUGCAGAAAGUUGGCCCUGGAUCCAAUUCUGAUGUCUUGGAGCUUGAGAACAAGAACUCCCAAGAUAACCAAAUUACUGAGGACAUAAGCACUGAUGAUGGGUCAAAUUCCCCUGUUCAGACGGGAAAGGAAUGUGUGCCAUUUGUCAGCAAGUCAGAAGCUGGCUUGCCCACUACACCAUGCAAGUUGGAAGUCCUUAAGGAUGGGGUAGGUAGGAGUGGGAGAUCCAAAUUUUGCAGCAGGGAUCUGGAAAAUGGGAUUGGCAAAGUAGAGGAACCCCAAGAUGGAAGCACAUCAAAAAAGAGAAGUAUGGAAAGGCGGGAUGGGGAAUGUGCAGCAAAUGGUAUCUCAGACAGGGAUUUUGAGUAUUAUGUGAAAUUAAUCAGAUGGUUAGAGUGCGAGGGACACGUAGAGAAGAAUUUCAGGCAGAAAUUCCUGACUUGGUAUGGCUUGAGGGCCACCCCACAAGAGGUAAGGAUUGUGAAGGUUUUUGUCGAUACUUUUCUUGAAGAUCCAGCAUGUCUUGCAGAACAGCUUGUGGACACCUUUUCAGAAAGUAUUUCAAGCAAGAGAUCAUCUGUGGUGCCAGCAGGAUUUUGCAUGAAGCUUUGGCAUUGACCGUCUUGUGAGGGGUUCUGCUAUUAGACGGAGGAGCUUUUGAAUGCAAGCCCCAUCGGGGUAUGUGUAAAUUAAUUCUUUACCGCCCUUCCCUAGCAUUCAUCAUUUAGACAACCAUCAGUUAUAUUUACGUAUCACCAUUAUGCCAUUCUUAUGACGAUGUAAGAAGCUUAGCGUUCGUUCUAUUUGAUAUGCAGUCUGCCUCAAACAUGGAUAUUAUUCCAUUUUUGUCAUUUUAUUUACGUAAUUGCUUAUGAAUGUGGUGGUCUUUGUACA